GAGGCUGUGGCGGAGAUACGGGGAUCACAGAAGAGACGCUUCUCUAAACUAUAAGGGGCAUCGUCAGGAAUCAGCUGAAAAUGCGGGUACUCGCCGUUAUCGUUGUUUUGGGGCUGUGUGCAUGGAGGGGAGCCCUGAGUGUGCAGGUCAAGGUCGGGGACAGGAGUUUCCCCCUGGAGGCGGUGAACCAUCUGAAGGAGCUGAUGGAGCUGGAGACCAGCCUUAACCCUCACCUCGCAGAGACGAGCACAGCAGCAGUUUGUGCUCACCCUCUCCUGCCUCAAGUCUUUCGCCCGGUGUGCCAAGGGAAGGGCGCCGGAAUUGUUUUCGCCAGACUAGUGCACAUCGUCAUGUCAUCAGAUCCCUGUGAGAUAUGUGCCAACCCGUCCUGCUUUGGGUGUCUGGACUGAAAGGGAAGAUCUGCUAGAGAUGCUCAUAACACAUCGACUGAGAGCCUCAAGGGGGACUCACCUACAAUAGCUUCUUUUUCCACAUCUCUAUGUUUCAGGCAUCCAUGGACAUAACAAAACUGCAUCCUGUCACCCGGCAACAAGCCCAGACGCAGCCGUGGCUCAGCGGUUAACAGAAUGGAUUUUGGAUAGCAGUUACAUUUAAAAAUGACAAAUCGUGUCAUUUUAUAUUUUAGUUCUUGUUAAUGGCCCAUUAACACUUCGGAUUUUGUUUUAGAAAUGAUCACAUCACUCUGAUGUGACAUUAGAAUUCAAUCUGGUGGGAAGCCAAUAAUGUAGCUGCAUAUCAAUAUGUGACAUAAAUUCUGUAUGUCUGUUGUACACUCAAUUCUUUUUAACCGUAGCUUCCAGUCACUCGUCUAUCCUGUAGACAGCCUUAAUUUAGUUUUAUUUAAAGCUGGUCUCCUGCCUGCGUCUUCUCUAAAUUACAGCCACUCAUCUAUAAACUGCACAGCCAAAUGAGUCUAAUGGAUCAGCUAAUGGAUGGAUCAAAUGAAAGAGAUGAACCCUGACAAUUACAGUAAAAACAGUGGUGACUCAUGCAUGUUUGUUCCAGUUUGUCCCUAAAACAUGGGCAUUAUAAAAUGAUUCGGAUGAAGAUUGUUAAUUGUUUUUUUGUUGUUGCAGUUCUUUUCCAUAUAAUGCCCAUAUGCCAUUCAAAGCAUUGCUUUCAACUGUCAUUGUGUGAGUGAAAUGUUUAUACCUUUGCAAAAUAAAUGCAACUAAUCUGUAUUAAAGUAAAUCGGAAUCAACUGAAACAUCA